AAAAAAAACACAGAAGAUUGGCAACAGAUGUUAGCUCAAGGCCAAUCUUCCUCACCAAAAAAACCCAAAAAGGAAUGACUAUCAAUGUACACAACAACUUAUAUUGAUCUCAAGGAGACUACACUGAGUAAAAAAAAGCCAAUCUCAAAAGUUUACAUGCUUUAAGAUUGCACUUACGUAAUAUUCUUGAAAUAACAAAAUCAAAGAGAUGGUGAACAGAUUAGUGGUUGCCUGGGGUAUGGUGGUGGUGAAGGAUAGAAAGUGAGGUGACUGUGGCUAUAAAAGGGUAGAAGGAGAGAUUCUUGUGAUAGAACUGUUCUGUAUCUUGACUAGUAGUGGUCCCAUGAAUCAACACAGGUGAUAAUACUGCAGAGAACUAAAUGCACACAUACAAAUGGAUGUAUGUAAAACUGGUAAAAUCUGAAUAAGGUUAGUGGAUUACGUCUAUAUGAAUUUUCUGUUUAUGAUAUUGUACUUUGGUUAUGCAUGAAUUUACCAUUGGGGGAAACUGGGUAAAGGAAGUAUGUGAUCUCUCUGUAGUAUUUCUUACAAUUCAAUGUGAACCUAUAAUUAUUUCAAAAUAAAAAGUUUAAAAAAUUAUGCUGUGUGAACAAAGCCUAAUCAAACAGGUACAUUUUGUACAAUUCCAUUUAUAGGAACCCCAGAAGAGGCAAAGCUAAUCUAUGGUGGGAAAAAAAAAUCAGAACAAUGGUUACUUUCUGGGCAAAGUUUUCUAUUUUGAUAGUGAAAUGGGUUGCACUGGUGUAUGCUGUUAAAAAACAGGACAACAGACCCCAAAUGGAGUCACUUAUGCUAAGCCCCAUGUCAUCAAACCAAGACUUAACACAGUUUCAGCUCUCCCAGAAACGGCAUCUCCUGAUCAGCACUAGUUACGUAAUCUGAUAGACCACUGCCAUCCCCUAAAGGAAAGUAACCUUGCAAUAACCAACCCGCUUUUCUGCAUAAUAUAACUUCCUUGUUCCUGCUCUCUGCUCACUAUAAAAGUCUUCCAUGGAGCUCCUUUCUAUCUGCUAGAUUGGAUGCUGCCUGAUUUGAAUAGAUUUUUGCUCAAAUAAACUCGACAUUUUUAAUAUGCCUCAGUUUAUCUUUUAACAAUGCUUAUUUUGGAACUCAAGGAAUGGUACUGUUAAGACGUGUGCAUUUCAUUAUAGUUAAUGAUAUGCAUGCUGAAGUAUGCAUGUCAUAUGAAGUAUGCAUAUGCACAUGAUACAGUUAAUGAUAGGCACCCUGAAGUAUUUGGAGGAAGUGUACUAAUGUCUGCGGCUUUGUAAUGCAUCAAAAAAAGACUGAUGAAUGGAUAGAUUGAUAGAUAUGUGAUAAAAUAAGUAUAAUAAAAAUAUGGUGGGUGUAUGGAUACCCACUGUAAACUUUUUUCAAUUUUUUCUGUCUCAAAAUUUUCAUAAUAAAAUAUCCCAAAAAUUAACUAGUUGAUUCUUCAAAUGCAAAAAUUCCAAACGUUAGGUCACAAAAGCAGUUUGGAUACACUUAAUACUUACAAUUCAGGCUACAUUUUAAUAAACAUUUGCACCCCCCCCCAACAAAUAUGAUUAUAAGUAAUUUUUAAAUGUGUUGACAAUCCUACUUUUUUAUACAUAAAGAAAACAGGUUGCAUCACUUGUUAAAUAAGAAAAAUGUGAAAUGUGUGUUUUAAGAAUGUUAAUAGAGAAUGGUUUAAUAUAAACUAUCUAGAUAGAAAAAUUAAAAUCUCUUUCUCUUACACCUAACUCAAGGGUAUUCCUAAGAUUUUAUUGUGAGCACCGAGACACCUGUGGCCCAUAGCUUAAUUAUCAUCACUAAGAACUAAGACCUUACAUCAAGUGACAUGACUUUACUAUUUGUUCCAGCAAAAUUCUUGCUCACAAAGAUAGGCUGUAAAUCAGUACAUAACUUCAUUGUUAGCUUGAGACUUCCUGAAAAUCCAUUUAUGUGAGCAAAAGGUUGCUCAUCUGGGUAAAAACCUUCCCCGUCAGGCACUCAGAAGUUGAAUUGAUCACUUAACUGGGCAAAUCCCCUUCCUUAUCAAAAAAGGGGGCAGAUCUGCCUUCCAGUCUCUCAUCUUGCUGGGUCCACAAGUCCUAAACUACUAAACCAUGCAUCAUGUCCAAUCCCAAUGAGAUCCCUGCAUAGAAGAGGCCACCUUAAACUACUCCAAUCUAGACUCCAAAAACCCUAUAAAAAUCACCCUUGACCACCCCUCUGAGACACUGCUAAGAUUAUGUCAAAACAGUGUUCUCCCUAAAUGCAGUAAGUGAGAAACUUGGUUUUACUCUGUGAAAAUUAAUAAACAGAAACCUCAUUUGUGUGAGGUUUGCUCUCACACACUUACCACACAUCAUCAAUACAGACCCCAAGAGGAAGAUAGGUACCUUGCAUCUCCUGCAGGAAGUGAUACUACUUUACUGCCCUAGAAGGAGGAAGGAAGGUUUUCUCCUUGCCCAGCAACAGCUCAGCCAAUGAGAGAUUGUCACAGCUCAACCAAUGAAAAGCCACUAGACUUCAAACUCCCAGUUUCCUCCAAUGGAGUCUUUGUUUAUAACAGCCCCGCCCAACUCCCCCUUCUCCUCUGUAACAGAAGGUUCCUCUCCUUUGUUCGCCAAACUGGGCUGUGGUUCGCCAUAGGCUACACGUCUGGAAUUGCAAUUCUUUGCUGUUCUAUAACAAUCCACUUUUGCUGGUAAAUAGGUGACUUUUAUUUUUAAGUCCAACAACUCAGAACAGGUUAUUCUGGUAGUCUUUUGGCGGGAGUGAUCAGUAGACAACUGCAGUGAAGAGAUUUCACAACCAGUUAAGUUUGGGCAAUGCGUAAGACUCCAAGCAAAUCUGGAAUACUUGGGAGUCUCCAGUUUAUUGUCCUGACAGAGAUUCACUGGUGUCAUCAACAGAUUAAAUUAGGACUGUAGAAAGGAGGAAGCAAAACACCUCAAGGAGGAAAUCAUACCAACAUGGAGAUGGUAAGAGCUGUAGAACUUCCUUUCUUUCCUGUCUUCAUGCAGACAACGAGGACCUCUGAAUGAGUCAAUAUAGUCCAUUAUUUAAUUGGUAUGUCAUGUUAUAACUGUUAUUACUGCACCAGCAUUGACUUUGCGAUUGUGCCCUCAUAUUUUGCACCUUCACUUCCAGGAUAAGGUUCUUAGCUUAUAUACAAAGAAAAGUCCUCUCUGGUCUUAGCUCCCAUCUGCUUCUCCGCACCUCCGUUCAAACUUGAAACUGCAAUAUUCUAACUGCUGGUAGCUCCUUCGCACUCAGUUUCCUAAACUUAAGAUCCCACACCUCCUAUUGUCCUCUCUCCCCGGAGUUCCUAACCUUUACAACACAAUUUAGGAAUGAUUUCCUUUGGGAAAGCCUUUGCACAAGUCCUCAUCGUAGGAUUCCGUAGCAUCCUGGGCAUAUCCCCAUCGUAGCCCUCAGGUACCCGUAUUAUAAUUAUCUGUUUACAGGGCUAUCUUUCUCAGUAAACUGAGUUUCUUGAGGACAAAUUCAGUAACUUACAUGUACGUGAAUCUCCUGAGUUCUACAAUACCAGGCAAAUCGUAGGGCUCAAUAAAUGUUAGUUGAACUAAAUUGAAGGCUGAGGUGGGAGGAUUGAUGGAUAGGCCAGAAAAUGACAUUUCAAAGCAUGAAAUCUUGUAAGUUGCGAGGACCUCCGUAGCUUGAGUUUCAGGCUGGCAGGAGCGCCACAGAGGGGAGUCAUGGGAUGGCAAUGAGGUCACAGAACUGUGAGGCCAACUUAAGUCACUAAAAAUAACUCCCGUUGGCAAAACUGACAAGGAGCGGAGCAAGGGGUAGCGGGUGUCCAGCAUCUGGAAUGCGAUGCCAGGGCCCACUUUGGAAUCAUCUUCCCGCAGGAACGAGAGACCGCGGAAGGGCCCAAGAACCCUUAGGGAGAUAAGGCAGGUGCUUCACGAGAGUGGUGCCUAGGCAAAAGCCCACAGUCAGCCCCUACGGACACAAGGCCAAGGGGCCAGGCUGCCUCCUCCCAGCGUCAACCGCCCCUACGCUUUCUCUUCCACUUCAUUUCUCUCCUGAGAGCUUUCCCGCAGCCUCCAGAGUCCGCCGGCCGAAGGGACAGGCGCUGCCGGCCUCGCCUCGGAAGCCGCCUCGCCAGGGCCCAGGCUUCCUUCCCUUCACAGGACUGGGCUAGGCGGGCCGCCAAGGAGGCCGUCUCCCUGGACAUCACGUGACGUGAGGAGGUGACUUCUGUUUCUUCUGAGAGAGGCUACAGACUAUCAGUUCAGAAACAGGGGCUUUUCUCAGUUUGACCAACGACCCAGCUUUAGGUCCCAGCUCUCGCGCAAAAUCCCUCCCUUAGAAAGGGUUUCGCGGGACCUUCCCAGGGAAGGCGCAACCGGAAGAGGCGGGCCUUCCGCCCGGAGGCGGGCGCCCACCAUCAUGGCUUCUCGUGGGGUCGUUGGCAUUUUCCUCCUCGCUGCUCUCCCGCUCUUGUGUCUGGAACUGCGGCGUGGGAUCCCGGGUCUAGGAAUUAAAGAUCUAAUUUUGCUGUGUGGCCGGAUUUUCUUACUUCUUGCUCUUCUUACUUUAAUUAUUUCUGUGACUACCUCAUGGCUUAACUCAUUUAAAUCUUCUCCCGUUUAUCUGAAAGAAGAAGAAGAGAAGAAUGAGAAAAGGCAAAAACUUGUGAGAAAAAAACAACAAGAGGCCCAGGGGGAAAAGGCCAGCAGAUACAUAGAAAAUGUUCUAAAACCUCACCAGAAAACGAAAUUGAAAAAACUGGAAGAGCGCUUUUAUCAGAUGAUGGGUGAAACCUGGAAGUUAAGCAAUGGUCAUAAACUUGGGAGUGGUGAAGAUUUGGUGCUUGAAAAUGAGAGUCAGACAUCUUUUGAAACUUCAAACAGAGAAGCAGCAAAGAGACGGAACUUGCUUAAGUGUUUAACCAAAGUUUCACCACCUGCUGAAAAGCCCACGCAGAGGGAGGUUCUUGACUUACCUGAAGAACCUCCUGAAACAGCUGAAGAAGUAGUUACUGUUGCUCUCCGAUGUCCAAGUGGGAAGGUCCUGAGGAGACGGUUUUUUAAGUCUUGCAGUUCACAGGUCUUAUUUGACUGGAUGAUGAAAAUUGGCUACCACACAUCCCUAUACAGCCUCUCUACUUCCUUUCCCAGAAGGCCUCUGGAAGUGGAGGGAGGUUGCUCACUGCAGGAUGUAGGAAUAACUGUGGACACUGUGCUCAAUGUGGAAGAGAAAGAGCAGAGCCACUGGUAAAGAAAUGAGAACUACCUGUUCUACAUAAAAUCAGUUAUGCCAUGCCCUUACAGGACAAUAAGUAAUUCACACGGAAAUCGUGCCCUUCCUUGGUUGAGCUCAAGGCAGUAAGCACUUUAAUGUUGAUGGACAUAAAGGAUUAGAGAAGGAUUGCUCUCUGCAUAUGGUAAUUUUUGGAGUGUGCCAUCUUAUAAUGUACCAAAUGAGAACUAGGUAAAAAUGUAUACAAUAACGCACUCAAUAGUUUGUAUUUUUCCUAGCUGACAUCAUUAUUGGUAUGUUGAGACAAAGUCUCGUGACUUUUUCUGCCUCUUCAGUCUGUCUUGCCACACUGAACAUUUCACACUUAAGUCACACUCUUUAAAAUCUUUUAAGUAGAAAUGUUUAUUCUGCUGUAUUGCUGGAAAUUAAACUUUAAAGAUGUUUCAAAGCUCUUUAAGGCUUUAAAGUUCUUUUCGAUAGGUAUGUAUUAAUGUUUAACUACUGUUUGAGAUUUAUAUAAUUUUGCCUUGCAUUAAAUUGUAACAUUCCGGAUGGAUCAGUAUUUUUUAAAAUAAAACAAUGAAAACAUUAAAAACGUAAGUGAAUUUUUG